AAGCAUAUGUUGCAAAAGAUAAUUUUUUUAUUGACUUUUCUUCUGGACGGAUCCAAAGCCACACCAAAUUUAUCAAGAACUGUCGGAAUUCCAAGUGCAAAUGUCGGUACUAUUAGGUCUACAUUGAAGCAUUCAAUUGAUGGGAGAGUGGAGACAAGUUGUACUUAUAUGGAUAAAGCCAGAUAUUGGCACUGGUUUACAAUCCAGCUAGAUAAACAAUAUAUGAUAGAAAAAGUGGUUUUAAGAUAUGCACAAGGACUAGCCGAUGAUAACUACAUAAAUACGGUAACGUCACCAUUUACAAUUUUCAUCAAGAAUUCUUUCUCCCCUAGUGCAGUAGGAAGUGGUCCAAUAUGUUACAGGGACAACGGAAAGGGCGAGAACGAUCCAAAAUAUAACGCAUAUGAAUGCAAUAAGCUUGGGACAUACGUCGUGUGGUAUUUUCAACACCUUUUCUGGAUGAGAAUUUAUCUUCCAUGUGAAUUUGAAAUCCGCGGUUGUGAGCCGGGAAAAUAUGGUGAUAAUUGUGAGCAUACUUGUUCACCUAACUGCGAGAUUGGAAUGUGCCGUGGUGCUAGAGAGGACUGUUAUUGUGGAGUAGCCUACUCAAUGAGUGACACAAAACACUAUUGCCAUAAACAAGGCUUAGAAUGUAAAUCAUCCCAAAGUGGUAAAGAGUACGGGUCUUUUCUCAACGAAACUAUUUCUGGAAGACCAUGUCAAAAAUGGAGUGAAAGUACACCACACCCACACCAAUGGACGUAUUUGCGACGUGAACAAAAUUAUUGUCGUAAUCCAGAUGCAGUUGGCAGAAAAUUAGGUCCAUGGUGUUUUACUACAGAUCCAAAUAUAGAGUGGGAAUAUUGUAAUGUGUCAUUUUGUGUUGGAAAAGCAGUAUCAGACAGAUGCUCAUUAUUAAAUGGAGACUCGAGUUGUGGUCCAAAUAUGAAUUGUUUACCAGGAUGGUAUGAUAAUUGUCAGUGUUCAGAAUAUGCUGUCAUGGAACCAGAAAACAAGACAUGUUUAGCAAUGAGAAGACUCGAAGAAAGCUGUAUCCCUGAUCGGCUACCACCCUGUUUACCUGCUCUGAUCUGUACUUCAAACGUUUGCAGGUGCCCAUCACCAGAAACACAAUAUUUUGAUCCAGGGGAUUAUCAAUGUAAAAAAGUUGGAAGAUAUAUGGAUCCCUGUUCGUUAACAGCUUCAAAUAUAAGUUGUUAUCCACCUCUGCUUUGUGCAGGUAGUGCAUGUUUUUGCGAAGUGCCGGCAUUACAAUCUUAUGACAGAGUUAAUAACACCUGUACAUCAAUUGAACUUAAUGAUGUUGAACAGUAUGUGAAUAUGACCAAAGGAUUUGGUCUUGUUGUAGGUGCUACAAUGGAAUCAUUUAACCACACAAAUCUUAAAAAAGAAGAAAAAGAGCAUAUUGUUACGGACAUUGUCUCGGUAUUAACAAUAUUACCGACAGAAAACGAAGCGGAACUUGAAUCAGUCAUAGAGGCAGCCACUGAAAUAUCAAAGCAAGAAAAAGAUUUCUUAUCGGAUACUACUCAGGAUUCAUUGGUUGACGUUUUAGACAAGGCUAGUGAAAAAUUAGCACACACCGAUGUUGUUAAUAAAAAUGAGACAGCAAAGGUACAGCAUAUGGUUUUAUCGUUGUUUGAUUCAAGUGCAAACCUUUUAGAGGCACAGGUUGUUACUGAACCAGACAAAGACACUGAUAAACAACCUUCAAACAACGACCAAACAGAUAAUGGAAAUGUUGAUACAGGAAAAGAUGAUUCAGGAAAUAAUGAUUCAGGAAAUAAUGAUUCAUCAGGAAAUAAUGAUUCAGGAAAUGACGAUUCAGGCAAUGAUGAUUCAGGCAAUGAGUAUCCAGAAAGUGACUAUAUAGCCGAAUAUGACGACGUCGUUCAAGUACAAACUGUAGAACAAACUAAGGAACUAAAGAAAAAAGAAGAAAGAACUACGAAAAUCAUGCACACUCUUGAUCUCAUAGCAGAAACAGCACUUCAGACUCUUAACGAAGAAGAACCAAAGAACAUUGAGUUCUCCUCAAAAAGUAUGAAUUUAUUAGUUGGAAUUUCAAAAUUAAAUACAUCAUCAAAUGCUUCUACGAAUAUCCAGACAUCACGUAAAAUUGGCAACAAGACUGUCACCAGUUCGUUUGAACUACCAACAGAAAUAAAGGAGCAACUAAAACAUGUCAGCAACACUGGUUUUAAAUUCCAGAUGUUAUUUUCAGACAGAAAUCCGAGAAUCUACGACAAAACAUCUAGAUUUAUAAACACACCAAUGAUAUCUUUAACUUUAAGGGAUAUUAACCAGGUUCAACUUACUGUAAAGGAAUUACCAAAGCCUGUUAUCAUUAAAAUUCCCACUGGAAAACACGCAAAAUACAAGCAUUAUACUAUAAAUGCCACAGAUAAAGAUGAUGUUGCUGACGAAAGUAACUUUCUUCGCUUGAAAGUCUCACAGAGGGCAAACCAAUUUUAUAUGAUGAAACUUAUCACAGAUGGACCACAAUAUAAUGUGUCAAUCAGAAUUGCAAUAGAUUUCCAAAAGAAAGUUUCAAUGUAUGAUACAAUAAAUGGAAUGGUCUUGCUUGAUUCACGUACAGCAUUUCUCAAAGAUCCCAAACCCACAACUGUCUCUUGGAGUGUUGGGAUAUUUGCCAUGUAUAGCGGUGGCAACGAAACCAAUACAACUGCGCCAGAAAUAUCAGUAAACAUUUCUACAACUGCUAUAAACUGUCGAUACUGGGAUAAAACAGUUGGACAAUGGCUUCCUGAUGGAUGUAAGGUAUCACCUUUAUCAUCUGGUGAGAGUUUAGAGUGUGGUUGUGAUCAUCUAACUGAUUUUGCAGGAGGGAUUUUCGUUAUACCUAAUUUCAUUGACCCGAUAGCUGAUAUUUUGCUUUUUCUUACCUUUUUCGACAAUCCAGUUAUUGUUUGUACAGUGAUUUUGAUUUGGAUGGUAUAUUUUGUUGGUCUUUAUUGGGCGAGACAAGCAGAUCGUAGGGACUCAGCAGUGAGAGGGAUUGUUACUCCUUUUCCGAGUGACCCUUCGGAUCCUUUCAAGUAUAUCAUGUGUGUUGUGACAGGAUGGCGAAUGAAAGCAGGAACCACAUCAAAUAUAUCAUGUUACAUCAAAGGCGACAAGAGACAAAGCUCGAGGCAUUGUUUAUCAAUGUCCUCAUCUGGUCAGGUUUUGUUUCAAACUGGUGCAGAAGAUUGGUUUUUAAUGACCUCUUCAUUUGAUCUCGGCGUGCUGGAAAAUGUAGUCAUAUGGCAUGACAACAGUGGCUCAUCACCGUCAUGGUUCUUGUCGAGAAUAAUAAUAGAAGAUAUCCAGAUGAAGAAGAUAUAUAAUUUCUACUGUGAAAAUUGGCUUGGUGUGGAGAGUGAAUCUACCAAAUUUCGUUUGACAAACAAAUCUACUGAAGAGCUAAAAACAAAUUUAAGACACCAGUUUGUUUUGAAAACGGGCCAAGAGUUACGCAGAGGCCAUUUAUGGUUAAGCAUAUUAUCUAAACCGCCAAACAGUGAUUUUACGAGGGUCCAAAGGUUAUCCUGUGCCUUAUCUUUACUGUUAUGUACAAUGUUGACUUGUUUGAUGUUUCAUGGAAUACCUACUGAAGACUCGGUCAAGUCCGAGGUUGUUGGUUUUCAGUUUUCAAUUUCUUUGAAAGACAUAGUAAUUGGUAUUGAAAGUAGUAUAUUCAUGUUUCCUAUUAACUUUAUUAUUAUUGAGCUUUUUAUGCGAACUAAGCCAAGAACUUCUAAAAGUGAUCGCUAUGCAGCAGUUCAAAGAGAUGGCAGUAGUGGUAAUGACAACUUGCUAGAGAAUACAAAGACCGAAACUAUUGCUGUUAACAGAAAUAUGUUGCCAUGGUGGGUGAUAUACAUAGCUUGGACAACAGUGUCGUUAACAUCCCUUACUACAUCCUUUUUUGUUAUGCUGUAUGGUUUGAAAUAUGGUUAUUACGAGAGCUUGGAAUGGCUUGUAUCGUUUAUCACAGCAUUUGUAGAUGAUGUAGUAAUUUUAGAACCAUUGACCAUUGUAAUUUUUGCCGUAAUUAUUACUUUUAUACUGAAGAGACCAGUGAGGAUUGGGGAUGCUCCACCACAGAUUGUGCAAGGAAGUGAAGACUCUAUAGACGAUCAGUACACAUCAAAAAGAACACAGAAACAGAACAGCAUACCCGAUCACGUUCCUAAAAAGUAUCUUCAGCAAAGGAAACAGGAAAGUGAAUUGACAGCGACACUGCAAACAAAAACCCAGGACAUCGUUCUAUUUCUCAUAUUCAUUACUGUUAUGUUAUUGGUUGUCCACAAUCAUCGACCUGUCGAGCAAUGUUUUCAGCAGUCACAAACUGUCAACAAUAUGUUCAUCAAGAAGAAAUUUGACUUUGUUAAAACGCACAGUGACAUGUGGAACUUUAUCACUAAAAGUGUAGUCACGCCAUUAAACAAAACUUUACCAUUUGACAAGUCAAAGAAGAAUCCAGAAAAUGAUUUCCUACUGUUAGGAACAUUGCGUCUACGCCAGAUAAGAGUUGAAAAAAGUAGCUGCGAGUUUCCCGAUAUUAUAAAAAAUGUCUACACCCUGGAAUGCACUUCUCCAUUAGGUUACAUAAAUGAUGAUACAGCUAGUUACAAUAAAUCCUGGCAGACACCGAUACACACCUCACAUGACGAAUGGGCAUACCAUAGUGCCUGGGACUUGACAUCUGUACCAUAUAUAGGCACACGGGCAGUAUACGGAGGCGGUGGUUAUGUGGUCGAGAUGAAACCAAAUCCUUCUGCUGAUUCGAAGAUAUCAGAGCUGAUAUCGAAGUUAUGGAUUGACGAAAGAACAAGAGCUUUGUUUGUUGAAUUUACAUUGUACAAUCCAAAUCUUAACUUGUACAGUUCAGUAACGAUUGUGUUUGAAUUUAGCAGUCCAGGUGGAAUAACAACAUCAUUUCUAACAUUUACAACACCAUUGUCAGAUUAUUCAUCAGACAAAGAAAUUAUAAAACUUUUAUUUGAGAUAAUAUUUUUUCUAUUUACAUUUUUUCUGUCUUAUAUUGAAGUCAAAAGGAUUAGACAAAUGGGUUUUAAACUGUAUGUAAAAGGAUUUUGGAAUCAAGUUUCAAUGAUUGUUGUAUUCCUUUGCAUUAUUGGCAUAUCAAUAUUUAUUGAGCGGUAUUUGAUAAUUUCACAAAUCAUGCAUCAAUACAGAGAAGGUCAUGGAAAAACUUUUGUCAAUUUUAAUCUGGCUAUUUUAUGGGAUAAUAUUUUUAUAUACAUCAUGGCUUUGUUAACAGUAUUUGCUUUUUUAAAAUUCGUUAAACUUUUAAUGAUGAACAGGAAAUUACAUUAUUUGUAUUCAAUGGUUGAAUAUGCAAAAGUGCCUUUAAAGUAUUUUGCGUUUAUGUUCACAAUAUCAUUGAUUGCAUUUGCAAGUUUUGGAAAUCUGUUGUUAGGGACAGUAAUGUCCGGUUACAAGUCAUUUGGAGAUAGUUUUAUGACUCUGGUAGAAUGUACAUGUAAAAUAAAUAAUUAUAAUCAAUAUAUUGACCUUCAGCCUGUCAUAGGUCCAGUAUUUAUACUUCUGUAUAUAUUUGUGUUUUUCUUUUGUUUUAUGAAAAUGUUCACUGCUAUUGUGUUAAAUGCUAUGAAAAUAUUGAAACAGAAAGGGGUAAAACAUGAUGAAGACACAGCAAUGUUGAUGAACUAUGUUAUUGAUAAUGUAAAACGAAUGUUACGAUGACAUGUUCUGCAUGUUAAAAUAAUUUCAAAAACGUUUGACUAUAUUAAGAGUAAAAAACGAAUAUUUUAAUGAUAUGUUCUGCAUGUGAACACACUUCAAUAUUAUUUGAUGAUGUUGUUGUCAGUAUGUCAGAAUGUCUUUUGCAUCCUAAAGUAUUUGUUCAGAGUAAAUAACCAAUUUAAGGAUGAUUAUUUGUUUGUAUUUGCUUCUUAAGCAUUUUGAACAUAGGAAUCAAUGGUUGGUGUAUAUUUUAUUAUUAAGAAAGUAUUGGAAAUCAGACUUGUAUUACAAUUAGUAUAGUCAAAUGAUAAAAUGUGUGUGAAUAAUGAUAUCAUAAUAAUGAAAAUGGAAGAUAUAUGUAGCAAUGUUUGCUCAACAAUUUCACUAAAUCAGGAGGAAAAUGAAAAAAAAAUGCAAAUGAAUGUUACAACAAUAUAUUUUAAUUUAAUCAAUGUUCGUUUAUAAUGGCCGAUUCUGGUUAAAUUUUAUUAACCAAUAUUAGUGGCAAGUUGCCAAUUUGUUACAAGUGCUUUACAUAUUAGAAUAAAAACUUAUCAAACAUACAAGGCUUAUAGUUUGUACGUCACACACUGAUGUAAUGUUUGUAACACUGGUCUUCCAGGCAAAGUAAUAGUUAGGCGCCCCCAAAGAUGUAUAACCCCACGGCAUUCUAUAUAUAUAUAUAUAUGCAUGUCCCAAGUUAGGAACCUGUUAUUCAGUAGUUGUCAAUUGUUGCUGUUUAUCAAAUUAUUUGCUUUUUGUUUAUAGUUUUGACAAUACAUCAGGCCAUUUGUUUUAUAUUGUUAUGCUGUCACUUAAAGGAACUUUUAUAGCUGACUUUGUCAUUAAACUCAUAAUUACCAGGAUUAAAUUUUGUAUUUACACCAGACGCGCGUUUCGUCUACAAAAGACUUAUCAGUGAUGCUCAAAUCCUAAAAAGUUUAAAAUACCAAAUAAUGUACGAAGUUGAAGAGCAUUGAGGACCAAAAUUCCUAAAAGUUUUGCCAAAUACAGCUAAGGUAAUUUAUUCCCGAGGUAGAAAAGCCUUAGUAUUUCAAAAAUUCAAAAGUUUGAUAUGGUUUUUGCUUAUUGGUGAGGCAGUACGGUGAUCUAUAGUUGCUAACUUCUAAGUAUUUGGUCUCUAGUCAUCGCAGUGCCGGCGUCUGUACUUCAUAGUAUAUUUUAUAUACUGACAUUAGGUAUGGUAAAGGAAUCCUCGAUACUGUGCAAAACUCAUUAAAAUAUAUACAGAAUUGCAAUGCAAUAUUCAUAAACCACAUUAAAGUAUUGCUACAAAAAAAAUUGACAGAAGACACCAAAAAGACAAUCAGAAAUGUACUCUCAGAGAAAAAC